AUGGCAGACGAAGAUGUCGUGGAUUUUCUAAAUGCUUGGGAUCUCUCACAAUAUAUUCAAAUAUUUCGAGAAAAUGAAAUAGAUAUUAAGACAUUAGGAUUGCUAAGUGAUGAUAUGAUAAGAGAGUUGGUACCCAUUAUUGGUCAUCGAGCUAAAUUGAAAACUAAUAUUGAUCAAUGGAGAUUAAUUAUACAAGGAAUGACAGGAUCCUCAGAAAUUAAUUUUGAAACAGAGCUAAAUCAAAAUUCAAGUGAAGAACAUACCAACUUAAAGCCUACACUAACGUCAACUACUUUGUCAGCUGAGAAUCAUAUUUUAAUAAAUCUGGACGAUUUGGGAGUAGUGCAACAAAGUGAACAACAGUCUAAAGAAGUACCAAGUUCACUGCAAUCACCAACAAAUGAUGAUGUACACAACUUGCUCAAAAGUACAAACGAAGGGAAGUCAUUAUUAGCUAGUUUUGGACAAAGUGGACUACUAGAUAGUGUAGGCCGUAGACGUCUCUGUAAUCUUAUUAUAAAUAGAGAACUUAAAGAUGAUGCACAGAAGCGUGUUUUAUCUACAAGACUUCAAGACCUGGCCUAUCAAAUAACCUCAGUUUUUCACCAAGAGCGUACACCCACCUACUUUAUUCCUUAUAUUUCAUACGGUCCUGGACUGAAAAGAUCGGCCAAAGGAAAACUACUAGACUGUCUAAAUAACAGGAGAAGAGAAUAUCGAAAGUCUGGGUUAAUACAAACAUCAAGAAGAAGUUCGACAUCCUCUUCUUCUAGUAGUUCUUUUUCCUUGUCAAAAGGACUCCAACACUCUGUUGAGGAGGAAGAUGAAGAAUUACAUUCAUCUGUAGAGGAAGGGUUGAAAUGGUUACAAAAUUCCAGUGACCCAUGGGAAUUAGUGGAAAAGAAUUGGGAUAUAACCACUAAUGUACGCUUAAAGAAGCUGAUGUCAAAAAAUGGUCAGUCGAUUGCAAAGUAUAUGGAAGAAUAUCCAGCUCUUAAGAAACCAUCAGGCUAUUUACUUAUUUUAAAAGAUUUCCAAGUGUCUUAUCCAGGCAAAGAAAAUAAAUUGUAUCAAAACCUGAUCAUUUACAAAAAUAAUAUUUUUGAGUUGCUUAGAGCUAAAGUGAAUAAAACAAGAGAUGAAACUGUGAAUAAUAUUUUGAACAAAUAUAUAAAACUAUAUCUUGAAGAAAACGAGGAAAUCUCUAAUAUUAUCACACUUUUAAGUCUCUCAUUCCUCAUAAGUGUUUCCAGCACAAGAAGCAAGAAGUCAAAAAUUUGGAGACCUUCAAAAAUCGAAGUGAGGGAUGGUUUUAUAACUCACGUGCGUAGUGAUUCUGAAAUCCAAGAAACUAUUACAAGAAAAGGAAGCAAGUUGAUUGAAUUUGGCCAGACAUUACAACCCUUUGUUAUUAUAGUUGGUCACAGUUUAAAAGAAAUUUCAUCAUAUUUGGUUGUUGUGGAUAACACAUUCUACCGAUUAAACUCUAUAAUAGCAUCUGUAGACUGCUGCUUCAAAAUAUUUUUAACUCUUAAUGCUGAAUAUCCUGUUGAAUCAUCGGGAAUUUGGUAUUUAAUUCAAAGAGGUUUAUACAAUUUAAAAACACCAUGGGACAAAAAUUACACAGCUGUGAACGCAUUCAUGUCAGAUGUUGGUAUUCGUCACACCGAAGAUGAAUAA